AUGGUGCGGAAUUCGAGCGCUCCGGCUGCAGCUGCAAAUGAGCGGACUUCAAGCACUCCAGAUGUGAUCGUCGACUUACAACCCAUCAGUCUGGAGUGGAUCCCCAUCGCGCAAUGGGAUCUCCCAGGUUCCGUUGCCAACAGGUCGCGGCCAACCACGCCACCUCGUUUGCGUUUCGCCCGCAUUGUUCGUGAAGAGGCAAGCCAGACGCCACCACGAACACCGGAGGCAGCAGCAACACCACGGGAAGUUCCUCCAGCAGUACCUCAAGCAGACGUGGGCGACACACACACUGGUCUCGAGCUGCAGGAGCUGGUGGCGAACAUACUGCAAGCAGCAAAGCCGCGUGUGAAUGCAGCGAACCCGUGGUGGUGCCGAGUUUUGGACGUGAGCCGCAGGACUGUCUCUGUGCAGGUCUUGGAAAAAAAGAGGCGAGCUUUGGCGUUGAAGCUUCAUCCGGACAAGGUCCCGGCAAACGCCGCUGACCAGGAUCUUGUCCGAAAAGCUUACCACACCGUGGACGAGGCCUACAACAAAGGCAAGCUAUAUUUGCAGACGAGGCCGACAGAGGAUGCCCCGAGGCGGGGGCGAUGGUGGAGUGAAACGCAUGAGGAGCGCAGUUACGAUGCUUAG